GGUGCCGUCUCCGCCGUCCCAAUCGCUUGAUCUGGCUAGCUUCAAAGUUCCGACAUACUCCGAGCCAGGGCGAUUUGAUCGAAGCCCGCCGCCGCCGCCGGGACGAGUACGAUCUCCUUCUUUCAGCCAGAGCACACCCGGCACACAAGAGAUCCGCCCCCUUUUUAUGCAAUCCAGUGACAGCAUAACGACUGCAGAUCAAGAGGAAUUUUUUUGGAAUCGAAAAGCGAAUUUUCAAUAGAGAAGUUAGUCAAGAUCCAAUAUGAGCUCACUGGACAGCGUCCGAGGAGACCUCGGUCUGGUUAUUUUGUAUCUAAAUAAGGCUGAAGCAAGAGAUAAGAUCUGUAGAGCUAUACAAUAUGGAUCCAAGUUUCUGAGUAACGGAGAACCAGGGCCUGCGCAGAAUGUUGACAAAUCAACUAGUCUAGCUCGGAAAGUUUUCCGGCUGUUUAAGUUUGUUAAUGAUCUGCAUGCUUUGAUUAGUCCUCCUGCCAAAGGAACUCCACUUCCACUGAUCUUGCUUGGAAAGUCGAAGAAUGCAAUGCUGUCAACUUUCCUCUUUCUGGACCAAAUUGUGUGGGCUGGGAGGACAGGAGUAUACAAGAACAAGGAGAGAGCAGAGUUCCUCGGUAGGAUAGCAUUUUAUUGCUUUCUUGGUUCUAAUACCUGUACUACACUCAUUGAGCUAGCGGAGCUCCAACGGCUAUCCAAAUCAAUGAAGAAGCUAGAGAAAGAGCUUAAGCACCAAGAGCUGUACAAGAACGAGCAAUAUCGGAUGAAGCUGCAGAAGUCCAACGAGAGGCUCCUCGCCCUCAUCAAAUCGAGCCUCGACAUCGUCGUGGCAGUGGGGCUGCUGCAGCUGGCCCCGAAGAAGGUCACUCCUCGCGUCACGGGGGCGUUUGGGUUUGCUAGCUCGCUCAUCGCUUGUUACCAGUUGCUUCCUGCCCCGGCCAAAUCCAAGUGAUGUACCCACGCGCCAGGCAGUUGGGUACAUGCGUCAGUUGGCGGCUGCUACCCUGGCCUCAUUGUCGCCGUCGCCAAUACCCCGAUAAGAAAUAACUCCGGAUGAUCGAGUUCGAUACCGGCCUGUAGCAUAUGACUGAAAGAUUAUUGUCGUUGCCCAAGCUGGUGCUGCCAAUGUUUCGCACUCUUGGGUUAAUCGUUGCUAGACUUUGAUUAUGUGGCACGUUGUGUUCCAAGUAACCUGGGUUAUUUAUUUAAACUCUAUAGUCGUAUAUUUUCGGUACUCUUUCCGUA